CGGUUCCUUUCGGGGCUAUUCGUUAGCGCGCAUGCGCUGCCUGCGCUCCGCUGCUCUCGCCUCGGUCGCGGGCUCUGGGAUGUCCGCGUUGUGCGACCCUCCCGGGGCCCCAGGGCCUCCCGGGCCUGCUCCGGCCACCCACGGUCCCGCGCCGCUCAGUGCUCAGGAGCUGUCCCAAGAAAUCAAGGCCUUUCUGACUGGUGUUGACCCUAUUCUGGGCCACCAACUCUCGGCCCGGGAACAUGCUCGCUGCGGUCUUCUCCUGCUCCGCUCUUUGCCGCCUGCUCGGGCGGCUGUGCUUGAUCACUUACGAGGAGUCUUUGAUGAGAGUGUCCGGGCCCACCUGGCUGCCCUGGAUGAAAGCCCUGUGUCUGGCCCACCUCACCUCCGUCCACCCCCAUCCUCCCAUAUCCCUGCUGGAGGACCUGGUCUAGAGGAUGUGGUACAGGAAGUGCAGCAGGUGCUGUCUGAGUUUAUCCGGGCCAACCCAAAGGCUUGGGCACCUGUCAUUAGUGCAUGGUCCAUUGACCUCAUGGGCCAACUGAGCAGCACAUACUCAGGCCAGCACCAGCGUGUCCCUCAUGCCACUGGCUCUCUCAAUGAAUUGUUGCAGCUGUGGAUGGGCUGUCGGGCAACACGCACAUUAAUGGACAUCUAUGUUCAGUGCCUCUCGGCUCUCAUUGGUAGUUGCCCAGAUGCCUGCGUGGAUGCCUUGCUGGAUACAUCUGUCCAACAUUCCCCACACUUUGACUGGGUUGUAGCCCAUAUUGGCUCCUCCUUUCCUGGUACCAUCAUCUCCCGAGUUCUCUCCUGUGGCCUUAAGGAUUUCUGUGUUCAUGGUGGGGCCGGAGGUGGAGUCGGUAGUAGUGGAAGCUCUUCUCAGACCUCCUCUACAGACCCCUUCCCUGGAUCUCCUGCUAUGCCUGGAGAGAAACGGGUGCCUAAGAUUGCAUCAGUUGUAGGCAUCCUAGGGCACCUGGCUUCCCGCCAUGGAGACAGCAUCCGACGGGAGCUCCUACGAAUGUUCCAUGAUAGCCUGGCAGGGGGUACUGGGGGCCGGAGUGGGGAUCCCUCCCUUCAGGCCACGGUUCCCUUCUUACUACAGCUGGCGGUCAUGUCGCCAGCUUUGCUGGGUACAGUCUCUGGAGAGCUGGUAGAUUGCCUUAAGCCCCCAGCUGUGCUAAGCCAGCUGCAGCAACACCUGCAGGGAUUCCCUCGAGAGGAGCUGGACAACAUGCUGAACCUGGCUGUGCACCUGGUGAGCCAGGCCUCUGGGGCAGGUGCCUACCGCCUGUUGCAGUUCCUGGUGGACACAGCCAUGCCUGCCUCAGUCAUUACUACCCAGGGCCUGGCUGUGCCAGACACCGUGCGUGAGGCCUGUGACCGGCUGAUCCAGCUGCUGCUGCUGCACCUGCAAAAACUGGUUCAUCACCGGGGUGGGGCUCCUGGAGAAGGGGUGCUAGGCCCACCACCACCCCCUCGCCAUGUGCCCUUUCUAGAUGCUCUAAGAAACCAUGUAGGGGAGCUGUGUGGAGAGACAUUACGGUUGGAACGGAAACGCUUCCUCUGGCAGCACCAGCUCCUGGGCCUGCUCUCUGUCUAUACCCGACCUAGCUGUGGACCUGAGGCCUUGGGUCAUCUCCUGAGUCGGGCCCGAAGCCCUGAAGAAUUGAGUCUGGCCACCCAGUUGUAUGCAGGGCUGGUGGUCAGUCUCUCUGGCCUCCUGCCUCUUGCAUUCCGAAGCUGCCUGGCUCGGGUACACGCAGGGACUCUGCAGCCUCCCUUUACCGGUCGGUUCCUGCGCAACUUGGCACUGUUAGUUGGAUGGGAACAGCAGGGUGGUGAGGGUCCUGGAACACUAGGGGCCCGGUUUGGGGAGUCAGCCUCAGCCCAUCUGUCCGACCUGGCUCCUCUCCUGCUACAUCCUGAAGAAGAAGUAGCUGAAGCUGCUGCCUCUCUCCUGGCCAUUUGUCCCUUUCCUCCAGAAGCCCUGUCCCCCUCCCAACUCCUGGGACUGGUGAGAGCUGGAGUGCAUCGCUUCUUUGCCUCUCUGAGGCUGCAUGGCCCAGCUGGUGUGGCUUCGGCCUCCCAGCUUCUGACCCGCCUCUCUCAGACUUCCCCAGCUGGGCUCAAGGCUGUCCUGCAGCUGCUUGUUGAGGGAGCCUUACAUCGGGGCAACACGGAACUGUUUGGAGGGGAAGUGGAUGGGGACAAUGAGACUCUUUCAGUCUCAGCUCCUUUGGCUUCUGCCUCCCUGUUGGACACAAACCGGCGUCACACUGCAGCUGUUCCUGGCCCUGGAGGGAUUUGGUCUGUUUUCCACGCUGGAGUCAUUGGCCAUGGCCUUAAGCCGCCCAAGUUUGUCCAGUCACGCAAUCAGCAGGAAGUGAUCUAUAACAACCAGAGCCUCCUCAACCUCCUGGUGCACUGCUGCAGUGCCCCUGGGGGCACUGAAUGUGGGGACUGCUGGGGGGCUCCCACCCUGAGCCCUGAGGCAGCCAAAGCAGUCGCAGUGACCUUGGUGGAGAGUGUGUGUCCAGAUGCAGCUGGUGCAGAGCUAUCCUGGCCCCCUGAGGAGCACGCGCGGGCCACCGUAGAGAGGGAUCUUCGCAUUGGUCGGCGCUUCCGAGAACAGCCCCUGCUCUUUGAGCUGUUAAAGUUGGUAGCAGCUGCUCCCCCAGCUCUGUGCUACUGCUCCGUGUUGCUGCGGGGGCUGCUGGCUGCCCUCUUGGGGCAUUGGGAAGCCUCUCGCCACCCUGAUACAGCCCACUCUCCCUGGCAUCUGGAGGCAUCCUGCACUCUGGUGGCUGUCAUGGCUGAGGGAAGCCUCCUACCACCAGCUCUGGGUAAUAUGCACGAGGUAUUUAGCCAACUGGCACCUUUUGAAGUGCGUCUUCUGCUACUCAGUGUCUGGGGCUUUCUUCGGGAGCAUGGGCCCUUGCCCCAGAAGUUCAUCUUCCAGUCAGAGCGGGGCCGCUUCAUCCGGGACUUUUCCAGGGAGGGUGGGGGCGAGGGUGGGCCCCAUUUGGCCGUGCUGCACAGUGUCCUCCACCGAAACAUUGACCGCCUGGGCCUCUUCUCUGGCCGUUUUCAGGCACCUUCACCGUCCACUCUUCUUCGGCAGGGGACAUAGCCUUUUCCUUAACCCCAGAGGCUGAGGGAGGUUGAGCUGUGGGGUAGGAAGCCAAGGUGUUGCAGAAAGGUGGAGGUUUCUAAGACCUUGGCCUAAGGAGCGCUGUCACGUUUUUCCUCCCCAGCUCUUUUUUCUGAAUAAAAUUUGCCGAGUUGAGAAAA